AUGCCCAGAACCCGAGCCCCCAUUCAGCUAGAGAGGAUGGAGGAGACAACCAAUAAAAUAAGCCUUGCACUAGAGAUCCAGAGAAAGGAGGAAGAGGAGGAGUCCAAGAGAAAACCUGAGUCGUCCCAGGACUGCCGGAGUCUGCCCUGCCUGAACGGGGGUACGUGUGCGAAGGGCGGCGACUCCUAUAUCUGCGACUGCGUAUCCGGGUUCAAGGGCAGGCAGUGUGAGCUGUUCUGCCAGCGAGUGCCCCACCCGUGUACCCGCCUCUACUCUGAAACCAAGAGCGUGCCUGUCUGG